AUGUAUCUAACAAAGUUCCUUGCCAUGGACCAAGACAUUGAACCUCAGGAUCGAACUCUGGCCCGCAACAAGAUCAAAGAAGUAUACGAAACAUUCCUCUCUUGGUCCAACGAGGAACUAGACGAGCCUUUUCGCACUGCGAGAAUGAUUGGUCUUUUAUCUCGGCAUGCAGAAGACAAGAUAUCAUCCGCAUACUUUGGCGAUACCAGCGGAGAUCCGAGCCCGACGAUUGUUGAUGACGGCGUCAAGAUUGCGAGCAAAAUUCGCGAGCGCAUAGCGGUGAUGCCUUGCACACGGCCGAUGAAUUCUACGCUACAGCCGUUAACCACAAAUCCAGUGGCUUCAGAAAGCCAUCUUAGGUCUUUGGUAUCUGAGAACUCGCUGUCUGACUGGAAUGAUUGGCUUCCUAAUACGUAUGACGACCUCUUGGGAUUCUUGGGGUCGCCCUCGAAUAACUUUUUUGAUGAGCUAUGGACACAGCCAUAG